ACCAACACGCUCGAUGCGCUCUCAUGGACGGGAGGGAAGGUGGGAAGCCCGGGGGACCGCUUUAUAUUCCCUACCCGCGCCGAGGGAGCUCCAGCCGCUGCCGCACAUCUGGCGACGCGUGGCCGUGUUCCCCGGCAGAUUUUUGUAGCGCCCUACCUUGCGAAAGCACCAGAAGAAACAGCGGCUGCACGGCUUCGUCACGUCACGAGAGCUGUACACGUGCGAUUUGCUUAACGCAGGCGCAGAGGUUGAAGACGUUCACGCCAUUGCUUUCUCUGCCUUCAACCUCCGACUCAGAGAUGAGUCAAUACGUGAUCGAUUGGUGGGUUGGGACGACGAUUUUCUCGUGGUUUGCAGCUGAAGGUUUGCGGACAGGUGGUGGGCCUGCGCUCGUCGGAGCGCAGCCCAUGCCGAAAGCUCUACGACAACCGCACAAGUGCAGUGUUGACUGUGUCCACCACAGAUGUCUUCUUCUGGGCCACAAUUCGACAAGUGGGCGAGGAGAUAUUUCUGGAAUCACACGCUAAUAUUUCGUCGAAUAAGACAAUAAUUUGGAUGUUUAAUCAUCGCGUUGAACAAUAGAUGUGGACGUAUUUAGGAUGA